AUUACCAACUGUUCGAUGAACAUACGAUUAUGCCGUGUCCGAAUGAUAUAAAAGGGGGAGGAUGUCAAGGAAAGUGAAGUCUAUCUCAUCCAUUCAUCCCUUCUUCAUUCAAGAUAAUUCAAUCUCACAACUCAUUUCACCAUGAACGCCCUUAUUGACUCGUUAACAAACGGUAAUGCCUCCAGUUCUCAUGAAGGAGUCUUAGCUUACAGAGCUCCCUCCCUUCUCCAACCUCAUAGAGCUCGUGAUGCUAUCCGCGAUGCACACGAUGGAAAGAUCGCACCACUAGUUGGUUUCUUUGUCGGUUUACCGUCUCCACCUAUCGCAAAAGUAGCAGCUCAAUUGGGCUAUGAUUGUGUGUGGAUUGAUUGGGAACAUACAUCCAUGAGUGUGGAAACUAUGACGCAAAUGGUGCAUGAUGUUCAAUUUAUGAGUGAGGGAAAGAGUUUUGCAAUCGUUCGUGUGUCAGGCCAUGGCCACGCAUCAAUAGGCUAUGCCCUAGAUGCUGGUGCCUCUAUUCUCGUCCCCCAAGUCGAUACAGUAGAACAAGCCAAACAAAUCAUCUCGUCCGCCAAAUUCGGCGCCGUUCGAAAUGGUACUCGUUCAGCACCUCCAGCUCGAUACCUAAUGGGUAUCUCAGACACCACCAUCGAUCCCUCCAAGUCCAUUUGGGAAAACGUAAAUAACCAAGCCGCCAUAAUAAUUCAAAUUGAAACUCUCCAAGCAAUUCACAAUCUCGAUGCUAUUCUUACCGAAUGCGGCGAAAAUAUUGAUUCGGUCUGGCUAGGCUCAUUGGAUGCGAGAAUUAGUAUGGGACUGCCCGGUAUGUGGGGUGCUGAGAAGGAAUGGACUGAUGCGGUUGCACUUUAUGAAAGUACAUUGGCAAAGCAUAAUAAACCUUCCAGUGGAAUGGCUAUGGGCUUUAGCGUGGAUGAUAAGAUAGCGAUGGCAAGAGGGAAAAGUUUGGUGGUUAGUGGGAGUGACGUCUUUCCAUUGAUGAUGCAGGCAGCUGAGGCGAAACAAAUGCAUGCAAAUUUGAAGGCUCACGAUCACAAGGGAAUUUACAAGAUAUUGUAAGAGCCGGGUGAAGAAGUCCGUUAUUGUGGUGUUCAGCCAGCAACAGGAAGAAUUGCGAGCGGGAAAAGGACAAUGGUUUAUGUUUAGAGAUUAAAAUAUCAAAAUUUUACAUUCACUAAAUUUGUUUUCUACUCCUAUUCUACAGCUGAUAAUCAAAUUUCGUCUAUAAG